CUAGGGCGAACUGCGGAUGAACUAUCGCUUGGUGUACGGACUAUCGCAUGGUGGCCAGCCGAUUAAUAACCGAAUGCAACCGUGCCGUGUAGGCGGCGUUGUCAAAAACAAAGCAAAGAAGUAAAAAAAAAGAACCUCCAACGCACUUCCAGAGCAACAUCCCGAUCGCCAGAUAUAAAGCAUCCAGCCCAUCGAGCGCACUGCCCCCACAUCCUCUUCAGAGUCAGUGAAACGGGAAAAUAUCUCACAACUGUAUCCAUCCAGCGCAUCGUAGCGCCUAGGAGUAGGAGUAGCAGGAGAGAGAGAGAGAGAGAGCAGUAUGAAAAUCACAGUGACCAGCGAUGAUAAGGUCUUCUGCCUGGAUGUGCCCCAGGAUCUUGAGCUGGAGAACCUCAAGGUCCUCUGCGCCAUGGAGAUUGGCGCCGAUGUGACCCAACUGGUGGUUCUAUUCAACAAUCGGGAGCUGACCAACGACAAGCAUUCGCUGCAACAGUGCGGCGUCGGUGACGGUGACUUUAUCCUGUUGGAGCACAUCCUAAAUGGGCCCCCCAAUAUCGCUAACCAGCAGUCGGCAAUCAGGAAUCUGGACUUUAGCAGCAUCGUCGUUCCCGGCACGAGUACUGGCGCCAGUCCGCCCACGAGAAGCACCCAACAGCAGGGCGUGCAACCCGGAAUACCGCCACAGUUCGAGAACCUCACAGACAUCCCGACCGACGAGUUCAAUGUGAACUUUGACGACGAUCCGGCGACAGUGCGCCAGAUGCUGCUCUCCAGCCCGGAGACCCUGGCCCUGCUCCGGCAGUAUAACAAACGCCUGGCGGAGGCCAUCGACUCGGGCGACCUGGAGACGUUCGCCCGGGUGCUGCGCGAGCACAUAUCGGAGCGAAAGCGCAUCAACGAUCAGAGGAUGCGAAUGCUCAACGCGGAUCCCUUUGACGAGGAGACCCAACGCCUUAUUGCCGAGGAGAUCAAGCAGAAGAACAUCCAGGACAACAUGGCGGCCGCCAUCGAGUACAAUCCGGAGAUCUUUGGCACGGUUACUAUGCUUUAUAUCAACUGCAAGGUGAAUGGAAUACCGGUCAAGGCCUUUGUGGACUCGGGCGCCCAGACGACGAUCAUGAGCAAGGACUGCGCCGAACGGUGUCACGUCAACCGGCUGAUCGACACGCGCUGGAACGGUGUGGCCAAGGGCGUGGGCACCCAGCCCAUUCUGGGCCGGAUCCACAUGGUCCAGCUGCAGAUCGAGAACGAUCAUCUGACCUCCAGCUUCACGGUGCUGGGGCAGCAGCCCAUGGACAUGCUGCUGGGCCUGGACAUGCUGAAGAGGCAUCAGUGUCUGAUUGACUUGCAACGGAACCUUCUGAUCAUCGGCACCACAGGCACGACGACGCCCUUCCUGCCGGAGAGCGAGCUGCCGGCCAGCGCCCGCCUGACCGGCAACUCCGAGGAGUCGAUGGAGCAGCAGGCCAUCGAAGAUGCCAUCGAGCAGAGCAAGCGGGAAGGUGGCGGCGGUGGCGCUGAGGGCGGUGCCAGUGGCAGUGGCACUACCACAGCCGGAAGUGCUAUUACUGCUGGCGGUGGACCCAAUACCAUACAGCCGUUUGACCGAUUCACCGAACAGGACGUAACCGAUCUCAUGGAGCUGGGCUUCCAGCGCGGCCAGGUGCUCACCGCCCUGCGGGUCUGCAACGGUAACAAGCAGCUAGCCAGCUCGGUGCUGCUCAGUGGUGGUGGCGGGUUCAGCUGAACCAGGUCCAACCGUUGGAUGAUGAGGGAGCAGCAGACCGCAUUUCGGAGAAGAAUACCCUGGAGACGGCAAUAGAAUAGAAUUGAGAUACCCAUGAUCCCCAGACCAACGAAAUACUCCGAGCAAUACCAAAAAAAAACAGAAAAAAAAAAACAGGAAAAUUGAAAAAAAAAGAAAACUUAAAUGAACUUUUAAAAACAAAAUAAUAAUUUUUAUAAUUUAGUGCAAUUACUUUUUAAUCGAUUGUACAAUAGUUCAAAUUAGGAUGCAUUUCUCUCCACUAGCGGAUCAAUUUUUUACAAAAAAAAAAGAAACACAUAGCAA